AUGGAGGCAUCACGAGGCCCUCCCAGGGUCAAGAAUAAGGCCCCGGCGCCGAUCCAGAUUUCCGCAGAGCAGCUGCUGCGUGAGGCUGUCGACCGGCAGGAGCCCGGCCUCCAGGCACCGACCCAGCGCUUCGCCGAUCUUGAGGAAUUACACGAGUACCAGGGCCGGAAGCGCAAGGAAUUCGAGGACUAUGUGCGGCGCAACCGCAUUAACAUGAACAAUUGGAUGCGCUAUGCGGCCUGGGAACUGGAACAGAAAGAAUUCCGCCGGGCGCGGUCGAUCUUCGAGCGCGCAUUGGACGUCGACUCGACCUCCGUCGUCCUAUGGAUUCGCUACAUCGAAGCCGAGAUGAAGACCCGGAAUAUCAACCACGCCCGCAACCUCCUCGACCGCGCUGUGACGAUCCUGCCGCGCGUGGACAAGCUCUGGUAUAAGUAUGUGUACAUGGAAGAGACGCUAGGCAAUAUCCCCGGCUCCCGGCAGGUUUUUGAACGAUGGAUGUCGUGGGAACCGGAGGAGGGUGCAUGGGGCGCAUAUAUCAAGCUGGAGAAGCGAUAUAAUGAGUUCGAGCGCGCGCGCGCCAUUUUCCAGCGCUUUACCAUCGUCCACCCCGAACCGAAGAAUUGGAUCAAGUGGGCUCGGUUUGAGGAGGAGUUCGGCACAAGCGAUCUGGUCCGCGAAGUCUAUGGGCUGGCCAUCGAGACGCUGGGAGAGGACUUUAUGGACGAGAAGCUCUUUGUAGCCUACGCCAAGUUCGAGGCUAAGCUGAAGGAAUAUGAGCGCGCGCGGGCAAUCUACAAAUAUGCUCUAGACCGCCUCCCACGGUCCAAGUCGAUGAUCCUGCACAAGGCCUAUACCACCUUCGAAAAACAGUUUGGUGAUCGGGAAGGCGUUGAGGAUGUUAUCUUAUCCAAGCGCCGCGUGCAAUAUGAAGAACAGCUCAAGGAGAACCCCCGGAAUUACGACAUCUGGUUUGACUUUGCCCGACUCGAAGAAACGGCAGGCAACCCCGACCGCGUGCGAGAUAUUUACGAACGAGCUAUUGCACAGAUCCCCCCGUCACAGGAAAAGCGACACUGGCGGCGGUAUAUCUACCUCUGGAUCUUCUACGCGGUGUGGGAAGAGAUGGAAGCUAAAGACAUGGAUCGCGCGCGACAGAUCUACCAAGAAUGCAUCAAGCUCAUCCCGCACAAGAAGUUCACGUUCGCCAAGGUGUGGCUCAUGAAGGCGCAAUUUGAGAUCCGGCAGAUGGAGCUGCAGGCCGCGCGCAAGACGCUGGGCCACGCCAUCGGCAUGUGCCCGAAGGACAAACUUUUCCGCGGCUACAUCGACCUCGAGCGACAGCUAUUCGAGUUCGUGCGGUGCCGGACCCUGUAUGAGAAGCAGCUCGAGUGGAACUCCUCCAACAGCCAGUCCUGGAUCCAGUAUGCCGAGCUUGAGCGUGGCCUGGAUGAUUUGGAGCGGGCGCGGGCGCUCUACGAACUUGGCAUCGACCAGCCGACACUCGAUAUGCCCGAGCUGGUGUGGAAGUCCUACAUUGACUUUGAAGAGGAUGAGGGAGAGUACGAUCGUGUACGCGCGUUGUACGAGCGUCUGCUUUCAAAGACGGAUCAUGUCAAGGUGUGGAUCAACUACGCCCGGUUCGAGAUCAACGUGCCCGAAGACGACGAGGAGGAGGAGGACGAGGAGGCCCGGCCGGUCAGCGAGGAAGCGAAACGCCGGGCGCGGGCGGUCUUCGAGCGGGCACAUAAGGUGUUCAAGGAUAAGGAGCUCAAGGAAGAGCGAGUGGAACUACUCAUCGCCUGGCGCUCGUUCGAGAACACGCACGGCUCGUCCGAGGAUAUCGAGAAGAUCGAAGGGCAGAUGCCGCGGCGCGUCAAGAAGCGCCGCAAGCUGGAGGAUGACCGCUACGAGGAGUACAUGGACUACGUGUUCCCGGCAGAUGACAAGUCGGCCGCCAACCUGUCGCGCCUGCUCCAGCGGGCCCACCAGUGGAAGCAGACGCAAGCAUGA